AUGGGUAUUACCGUGGUAGGUUCAUUAAAUUACGAUCUGGUCACUUAUACAGAUAGAAUUCCAGGUCCCGGAGAAACGUUUAGAGCAAAUAGGUUCGAGACUCAUGCCGGAGGGAAAGGACUAAACCAGACUAUUGCUACUGCUAGAAUGAGGGAUGAUGAUUACAACUAUCCUGUAAGGAUGGUUGGGAAUGUCGGUGACGAUUCUUUUGGAGAACAAUUAAUUAAAAUCUUAAGGGAUAAUGAUGUUGACGUUUCGCAAGUCGGCUCAUUACCUGGGGUUGAAACCGGUGUAGCAACAAUUAUUGUAGAGGAAAAAGAGGGUCAGAAUAGGAUCAUCAUUACGGCAGGUGCUAAUGGUAAAACAACUUUUACAAAUGAGCAAUUGAAUAGAAUUUUUCCUGAAAUUUCUGGUCAAGAGAAGGAAGUUGUUGUUUUUCAACAAGAAAUCCCAAAUCCAGCAUCAGUAGUUCAUUGGCUGCAUGAAAAUCGAUCAAGUCAUGAAAUUGUGUUUAACCCAUCACCAUUUCAACCAUUAGACGAAAAGGAUUGGGAGCUUAUCGAUGUUUUAGUAGUUAAUGAAAUUGAAGCACUUCAAAUUGUGAAAACUAUAUAUGAUGAAGAACAGAUCAAAUAUUAUGAAGAACGUAUCGCUGGCGAUUUCGUUAAAGGUUAUGAAAUGAUUUGUCAAGAGUUCCAAAAAAACCUUGUUAAUCAACGUAAAUCUGCAAUUGUCAUUAUUACAUUGGGUUCCAAAGGUGCCCUCUUUUGUUCAAAGAACCAUCUAAAGGUUGGAUAUGUUCCAGCAGCAAAAGUAAAAAGUGUAGUUGAUACUACCGGUGCUGGUGAUACGUUUUUAGGAUCAAUCGUCACUCAACUCUAUCAAAAUCAACCACUGGAAUCUGCGAUGACGUUUUCAACAAAAGCAAGUUCUUUAGCCAUACAAAAGAGAGGUGCUGCUGAAAGUAUUCCAAGAUUCAAUGAUGUUUUAUUUUCAUUGCAAGUCAAGGAGAAGCAUUGA